AUGCUGAAAUCUGUUCCCCCUUCUGAGAUCCGUGAGAUGACAGAUGGAUAUCAUCCGUUCAAUAUGGAUCUAGAACUACUUGGACUAGACUACUUAGGACCACUCUACUACAGAGAUCAGCUCCACUCUCAGGCCAAGAUUUGGAUCUGUUUCUUCACCUGCAUGACAACCCGCGCUGUACAUCUCGGAGGUACUCCGGACCUCAUCAUCAGCGACAAUGCAACCACUUUCUGUUCAGCCAACGACUCCCUACAAAGCACCAUCUAUAACCGCAAAGCCGCAGAGAAGAUAUCCGCUCAACUCGCCAAUCGCAAGAUUGAACGGAGGUUCAUUACUCCUCUUUUCCAUGAAAAGGAGGAUUUUAUGAACGUUAAACGUUGGUUGCAGAAAUUGAAACAGUACUCAAUUCCAGAUCACUUUUUUUUUAUCCAUCAGCGAUACAUCAUCUUCACCACACGUCGAGCGAUAGAUUUUGUCUCAGCGCAAGUGGAACUCCAGUUACCAUCUCCAAACCGCAAUUCUCUCUAUAUCCCUCCAAAUCGCCUUUCGGAAUGGUACAAGAAGACACUCGUUGUAUUGAACAACUUUUGGGACAUGUGGUACAAGGACUACUUAUCCGCAAUAUCCUCACGCCACCUACAACGCAUCCACCAAGGAAGGUCAAGUCCACUCAUUCCUUCAGUAGGAUACGUUGUUCUCAUUGCCAAUAUUCCACGUGGACAAUGGCUUUUAGCCAUCAUAACCACUAUCCACCGCAGUAAAACCAAUAUAUCCAGAUCAGCCACUGUCCCCAUUGCAAAUGGUCAUGCGUUGCAGAGAUCGAUCAAUUAA